CGCAUAUUGAUCACAUGAUAGCGAAAUAUGGCAGACGAUAAAACAAGUUUAGUGGCAGGAAAUAAGAAAGAUCUGGAGGGAGGAAUUUAUUACGAACAAACACCCGCAACAAGAUGUCUCCAGGUUGGUUUUGUGGCACUUGUUGUUAUAAUGGUUAUAAUCAGCAUAAUACUCAGUAUGGUUCGAGGAACAGAUCUUGGAACGUACGGCGGGGGUCAUUUUAUGCUCGGCAUCAGUCUCAUCGGGUUCGUGGUUCUGGAAAUCUGCAUGAUCGUUUUUAUUCGCAGAGGUGAUUUGCCCAAAGAGAAGACCUGGUUUUUAUACUUCGUUGGAGGGUGUGUUAUUCUUGAAGCCAUUUUUACUGAUAUUCUGUUAUUUCAAUAAAACUUAUUGGACUGUA